CCAAGCCCUUAUUUUAAUGGAAAACACCAAACUUGUCCAAGAAGCCAAUCUCUCUCUUUCUCAAUUAAAGGAACUUUGCACAAUUUGAUCAAGCCCCAUUAAAGACUUACUCACCGAGUAAACGAUUGACACUCCUUUAACCCCCCAAAUUUCACAAUUAUUCUCCUUUCCAAUUUUGAACUCUCUCUCUCUCUCUCUCUCUCUCUCUCUCUCUCUGUGCAACUACGAUGGAGACUGAAACUUCACCAAAGAAAGAAGAACAAUGCAAGAUAAGAAUUGGGGGUGCCUGGUCUGGAGUUUUGGAAGUUAAGUUGGAGGAAUGGACCCUACCCAUGUUGAAGGAAGAGAUUGGAAAACGAUCAAAUUGCUCCGCCAACCGCUUAAACCUGAUAUUCAGUGGUAAAGUUCUCAAAGAUGCAGUGGGUGAUAAAAAACUGGUCGAUUUCAGUCUCAAGAACAAUUCGAAGAUUUUGGCUAGUAGAACCUCUCCGGAUUCAGGAAAUACUCUUAAUGCCUUCAUGGCUGAGGAGGAAGAGCGAUCGCGAAGGCUCAACAGAGUCAGGGAUGCGGCAGUUGCAAUGGCCAGCAGGCAUUCAAGUGGUUCUUUACCAUUGGAAGACUUCAAUAUUGAGCUCGAGGAUCAGAGUGGGCAGCGAAUAAAUCUGGGGUCUGAGACUGACCAAAGGGCUGUGAUGACGGGUUUGAUGCUUCAUAGCAACGCUAAAACAUUAAUCCAGAAAGGCCAAUACAAGGAUGCAUUGGAUAUACUCAUGAUGGGAGAGGAGGCGUUUUCCCUUUGUGACCCCAAGCUUAUAGAGAUGAUUGACAAUGUACCAAUACUUCAAAUAGAUAUGGUGUGGUGCUAUUUCAUGCUCCGAGACAUUUCAUGGCUUUCUAUGGCUGGUCUCCGUCUUGAGAAAGCACGUGAAGGGCUUGAACGAUCUCAUGGCAAGAACUCUAAUCGAGUUAGGCUUAUCCAAGCAGGUCUCAGACCAGAGCUUCCCAUAUACUUGCGGUUGGACCUCUUAGAAGGAGUAGUUGCCUAUCAUAGUGGUCGUUUCGAGCAAGCAACCAAAGCAUUGACUUCAGCACAAGCUAGUUAUCAACUGCUUCAAGUGCCGGAUGAAGCAUUAUCGCUCCUGAUGAGCAUGGGCUACAAGGAAAAUGCAGCUAGAAGAGCAAUGAGAAUGAGCGGUCAAAAUGUUCAACAGGCGAUUGAUUUUCUUAUAGAGGAAAGUGAAAGGAAACAACACCAAAAAGAAGAGAAUAUGAUACGAAAGAAAGAACUCACGGAGCAGAGGAACUAUGGAAUGACACCAUUAAAGAAAGUGGUGAACCUCUCAAGAUUGGAUUCAUUGGUUUCCAUUGGUUUCGAAAGGGUCCUUGCUGCUGAAGCUCUGCGGAGGAAUGAAAAUGACACGCAAAAGGCCUUGGAUGACUUAACGAACCCUGAAACAAAUUCCAUAAUACAGCUUUACAUUGAGUCGAGAAAGCGCAAGAGGGCGACGCAAGCAAUGGAAACCAAUAUCAAUGGGCUCGUGUCCAUGGGAUUCGACAGAUCAAGAGUUACGGAAGCCCUUAAUCAAGCAUCCACAAAGGAAGAGGCACUGAGCAUUUUGCUGUCCGAGUCACCUGUGGGCUCCAAUCUCACCGAAAGUCCCAGUGUCCUCUAUACAAAUGAGGCCACCACAUCAAUGUCAGAGCCCACUUCAUCGACAAAUGAGGCAGCUCAAAUUAUCCGAGAUAAUGAGAUGGAAGAGGAGCUUGUGCAAGAGCUCACUUCUGAUCCCUUUGCUGAUUAUGACAUUGAUGUCACCAAGGAAGGAGAAGCCGUUGCUGAAUACGUAGCAUUGCUAAAUUCUACACAAGGAGCAUCUGUUACCACCAAGUAGGGAAUAUGAAAAUAUCCUCUUCUGUACAGUUCUUUUGACCUUGCAGGGGUCGAAUCCCAAGGAGAUUACUAUAGAUUUAAGUAGCAAGAAGAAAUAAUUGAUUGAAUAGUGGAAGGUUUCUUUGCUCAUUUUCUUUUUUUGGAGGGAGGAUAUUAUGGGUUUAAUAACUUUAAUUAAGUUGUCUAAAGCUUUGGUUCAACUUUCAUCGCUUGUGAAUAUGAGUAUUUAUGCAAUUCAUACUAUACUGGGCAUUGUGUCU